AUGACCGAAAAAUUAAAAGCGUGUAAAUGUGAAGUAAAUCAUAAGACCCGAACUCCUUAUUAUAACAUUAGCAAUUAUGGCUAUACUCAUUGUGAAAGUUGCCAGCAAGAAGUAAAAGGAGCAGGGAAACAUGGAGAGAGGAAAGGGGAGAUGAAUGGGAAGACAGAAAAAGUGGUUGUUAAAAAGGAUUUGAUGCUGACUAAACACCACCUUUUUACUAACAAUAUUAAUUUGCAAGCCAAGCAACAGAUCGCCCAACAGCAAUACGAACUCCAAAACAAUUAUCUAAUUUCAACGGCCAACCUAGCAGACAAUCCAGCCAUUCACUCUUUUUUUACUGAUUUAUUAACUACUUAUGCGGAAAAAUUUGCGGGAAGUAAAAGUAUUAAUACUUCGCAACUACCACUAAAAUUUGCGGGUUUUUAUGACGAGCAGGAAGCCGGUCGAAAUUUAGGAACUAUGGACCGCGCGGAAACUAUUCUUUAUCCUGCUUCGCAAAAAGUAGCCAAUAUUUAUUGA